AUGAACUAUUCCGAGUACAUCGCCCAUCCCCAUCGCCAGUGUGCAAUCGUUGCCCACCGUGGCUUAUGGAAUGAAGCUCCCGAGAACAGCUUGCUUUCCAUCCGACGCGCCAUUGAAGCAGGCUACAAUAUUGUCGAGAUAGACGUACGCCGUACUGCCGAUGGUGAAUUUGUACUACUUCACGAUGUAACCCUGGAAAGAAUGACUGGAGUCGACAAGAAGCCAGAAGAGUUAACUUUGGGAGAACUGAUAUCGCUUCCACUCAAGAAUCGCGAUGGAGGCCCAAACAGUCCAUUCACCGAGGAGAAGCUGCCCGGCUUACGUGAUGUCUUUGAACUCACGCGCGAUAAAAUCUACAUCCAUCUCGACAUCAAGCAUCGGCAUGUCAUCCCAGAUGUGUUGGCAUACGCACAGAAGAUGGGCGUCGAAAAGCAAGUGGAUUUCUGGGCUGAUUUAAAGACGAAAGAUGAUCUUGCCUGGAUCAAAGCCACUAUCACCAGCCAUGACGUUCCAUUCAUCGCACGCACUCAUCUCGAGCACGAUGACCGGCGAGAACAGGCCGAGCUUGCUCUCGAGCUGAAGCCUUUAAUCUGCGAAGCCUCGUUUCGAGACAUCUCACAGGUCGAUACAAUAAAGCAGUGCUUCCAUGAUGCCGGAAUCACUCUCUGGGUUAAUACCCUUGAUAGUGUCGCCUCUCCAGGCUGUACUGACAGCGCUGCACUGAAGGACCCUGACACGGUCUGGGGCCGGCUGCUCAGGGCCGGUUUCUCCGCGAUUCAAACUGAUGAGAUGGCGGCACUGCGAUCGUUUCUCGACACAUUGAAUUGA